AUGUCAAAAACAGAUGACGAAUUUCUAUACAUAUCAGAAAUGAUAGAUUCAACAGACAAAAUUAAUAAUCUAAUUGAUAAAUUAUUUAUAUUAUUAAUUAAACAACUAGAUGAAGGUAAAAACUUUGAUAAAAUGAAACAUUAUCUUAAUAUAUGUAUUACCCUUUCUACUCGAUCAACUGAUGAUAUAUUCAACUGGCUUAAUGAAAAUCAAAAUGAAUCAAAAUAUGUUUUGUUUCUUGGAAUUUUUUACUAUUACAAUAUACUUAAUUUAGAUAAAAACACUAGUAAUAAAGGAUUUAAAUGCUUAAUAAAAGCUGCAAGUUAUCAUCUGAUUUUACAAUUAUAUUUAG